GUGGAUUCAAAAAGUCUAUCAUGUUACUUGUAUGUACAUGAAGGUACAUGUUUACACAUGUAAAUAUUAAAGUAGCUAGCUAGCUAGUUAGUUCUUAGUUCACUACUGCUCACGGUUAGAUCUAUCCAAGAAAGCAAAGAUGGCCUCCUCUAUGUUUGGAGAACAAUGGUUUUCAAGAAGUUCUGUGCCACUAGAGCUAGAAAAACAUGUGAGCCGUGAUGGGGUAUCUUCUAAGGGAAGAAGAGCUUUCUAUAAGAAUGGAGAGGACCUGAGGUUGAAGGAGCCAGGCUUCAACUGGCCCCUCAUUUGUGAGAGGAGACGAAAGCUUGUUGAGGAUUUCAGUGUUCAACUCACAAAUAUCUUUGACCAGUUCUUUGUGAAGAUCACAGGAGACAGGCCACCUCGUAGGAGCAGCAUUGUGCCCAUCCUUCCCUCCACCAAGACGCCCGGCCACUCAAACCACAUGUCGAAAAUUGCCCACAUACCAGAAAAGGAAUCAUCUCCUGUCAUCAUCGAUAUUGCCCCUAAGAAAACAAAAACUCGAGGCAGUCGAAAGAAUGCUCCAGUGAAAAACAUGGAGGAAGUUGCUGAUGACAAACGGUCUGUACGGAGAUCAACUAGACUUCAAACACAGCAACCCAAAACAGUUACUAUAGCUGAACCCCCAGCCACCGUACGAACAAGACGUACAAGAGCGAGCAAUACAGAAGAGGCGCAGAAAAAAAGCGUCAAUCAGAAAAUGGAAGAAUCAACUAAACACGAACCUCUGAUGCUCCGAUCCUCGAUUGUUGGCAUCGAUUCGGAUGACCUCAUCCAAAUCAAAGACAAUCACCUCUCGAGGAAGCUCUCUCUCAGUCGAACCAGUAGUGGAAGCAUAUGUCGUGUUUCAAUCGAUAAACUCCCUAUACGUCUGUCCAAAUCUCACACUCCCGUUCCCAGUGACCCCGCUACUGUUGUCCUCUCUGAAGGCGAAGAUGAGAUUCCUGAAAAGCAAACUGAUGCUGUUCUCUCAAAGAAUGAACUUAAAUCACAAUCUGCCACUGAUAUGGAUACCGAGAGUAUGUCGAAUCUCUUGACUUUAGAAAAAUCUGACUGUGUCAAAUCGACCGGUUCGUCUCUUCUCCCCCAUCAACCCACCCCCUCCAAGGAGAGUCAACCUGGAGAUGAUGAUGUGGAGUUGUCUCUGGCCAAACCUACUCCCCCUCGACGGAAGGCUCUUAAACUACGGAAGAAGGGAGGCAAGAAAGGAGGUGCUGGAAGGCCCAGGACCAGGGCAGCAGAACUCAGGGAGCAGAGUUCAACAGCAGAAGAAGUGGCAGUGGAUGGCCAGGCCUCUAGCAAAGCCACUGUUCCAGCUCUCCCACAGUUCCCUGCCCACCACCUCUCACCUGCCACCUCUACGGAGACCUUGUACCAAUCCUGUGUGUCUAACUUGACCCCAUCUCCCUCCAUUGCUAACAACACCACGCCUCAACUGCCCAGUCGUGAUACCGAGACAGAUAAUGAUGUUACCCCCAUACCCGCUGCCCCCCCUGUCGUUAGUGCCCCCUCGUACCUGACUGGUACCCCCCGCACGCUGCUCAAACUGAGGGAGGAGUAUCAAUCUCGUAAUGGUGGGAAGCUGGUCUCUCUCACUGAGCUGCUCAACAGUGGAGGACGUUCUGGCAGUCCUCUGAAGAAGGGUUCCAAGAUUCCUAAAACACCCCAAAAGAUGGCCGUUCACUCUCCGGCAAAUCAAACUGCCUCCAAAACACACUCAGUGCCCUCGGACCCGCACAAAACACCUCUCCUAGUCAACACGUACGCCAGUGCUCGAAACCUGCCAGACACACCUGCUCCCCUACCUAAUGUCGAUGAUGUAGCUGAGCCAGCUGAUCCGAUGGAGAAUGGUGGUCAAGUGUGUGAAGAGGAUGUGGAGGCUGAUGGGUUGUUGUUGGGUAAGAGAAUGCUGCGUUCAGGCUACAUGGAGAAGUCGGCCGGGGAAGAAUGGAAUGGAGGUGGCAGGAAGAGGACUUGCUCCAGUGAGAAUAGCGAGAGCUCUCAGGAGACCCUUGGAGGAGACUCAGGUGAAGAUGGAACUGGAACUGAUGGCUCUAACUCUGGAACGGAAUCGAACCUCAGACAGAACCAAACUCGGUCUUAUACAUUUUUAAGUGAGUCUCACCAUACGCCCAUGGAGGGUGUGGUCUACAAGGCGGGGACCAAUCAGCUGCUCUCGUUCAUACCCCAGAAAUCACCAGUGAAGGUGGAAACCGUUGAAGAGAAAAAAGCUCAGUUGGCCGACAAGCUCCAUCGUAAGAACAAAGAAGGCAAGAAACGACAAGAGGACCUGAAGACUCGGCGUCAGCAGGAGAUGAUAGAGAAGAUAAAGAAGAGAGAGGAGCGUGUGCGGAGGGUGGCCGAGAAACAGGCAGCACUACGUCAGAAGGAGGAGGAGAAGAAACAGAAGAUUAAGGGCCAGCAGAGCCAGGACCCGAGUAAGAAAGUCACCAUCAAAAAAGCAAAGGAGAUUGAAGAGAAAAACAAGAAACUCAAAGAGCGUAUGAUGGCUGCCGAGGCUCGUCGUAAACAAGAGGAGGAACAACAGAAGAAGAGAUUGCAACAGCUCGAGGACGAGAGAAGAAUGGUGACUGAGCUGGCCACCAAGAGGAAGGAAAUGGAGGAGGAAGAGAAAAGAAUCAAAAGACGUGAGAAAUUGAAGCAAGAUCGCGAUCGCUAUCUCAAGCGAGUGGAGGAGCAACAAGAGGAGCUCAAGCGUAAACGAGAGGAGGAGGUACAAAAACAGCAGGUGGCCGAAACACUGAUGGCUCGUACUGCCGAGAAUGCACCGAGCAAGCACUCGGAGAUUUUGAAACAGUUUGAGAAGUUGCUAGGAGUGACUGCAGCCAAAGUGCCUGUCGUGAUGACUCCCAAGAUCAGUCAUGUGAUCAAGUCUGGUGAGAAGUCUGGGAACAGCAGCAGCAGUGAGAAAACAAACAAACUGUUGCAGGCCUACUACAGUAGUACCCAGAUGCCACCCCCCACAGCUCUGAGCCCGGCCGACUCUCGUCUCAACUCUACGUUCACCAAGGAGCCAGGCACCCCUGCUCUUGUCAAGGCCCCGCCCAUAUCCUAUGAGAUGACGCCUGCAGAGAACGACCCUCUCUAUGGCUACGAAAACUACGACAUUGCUAAUCUGAGUGCCUCUGAUUCUACUGAUGACGAUGAGGACCCUAAGAAGGAGCUCCCCAUGUGGGCACACCCCGAUGCCCUGAAUGCCAUGAUGCAGAGUCAAGAAGAUGACAUGAACAGGAACAGAGUUGACAUCGCUAAAAUAUUCCCUCCAGAGCAGCUUCUCCGAGAUCCCAACCUGGGGAAGAUAUUUCGGAGAAAGAGACAGCGUUUCUACCAGCGAACCAGCUCAGCACAUUGGAACUCACCUAUUCUAAAAAAGAACCGAAUUGUUUAACUGUGUUGUCAUAUUUUUAUUUUACAUGUAUUGUGUGCUGAAGUUAUGUACUGUACUGUAGCUAGCUUUGUGUCCUCGGUGCAAUGGUCGUGACUGGAUUGUAAUUACGAGCACCGUUUGUAUCAUAGUGUUGAUAAUUGUAUUCUCAAUUA